AUGUCUGGACGCAAGACGCGCGGUGCAUUCAUUGUGAUUGAAGGCCUCGAUAGGUCGGGGAAAAGCACACAGGUGGCUCUGCUCGAGGAACGCCUCAAAGGCGAAGGCAUCCCCGUGCGCGUGAUGAAGUUCCCCGACCGCACGACGCCCAUCGGUAAAAUGAUCGACUCGUACCUGCGCUCGGAGACCGAGAUGGACGACCGCGCGAUCCACCUCCUCUUUUCCGCCAACCGAUGGGAGCUCUCCAAAUCGAUCACCGACGCGCUCGACGCCGGCGAGACCGUCGUCUGCGACCGCUACGCGUUCUCCGGCAUCGCCUUCUCCGCCGCGAAGAACAAGCCGGGGAUGUCGUUCGAGUGGUGCCGCGCGCCGGACGUCGCGCUCCCCGCGCCCGACCUCACUCUCUUCCUCGCCGUCACCCCCGAGGCGCAGCGCGCGCGCGGCGGCUUCGGUGAAGAGCGCUACGAGAAGGCAGACAUGCAGGAGCGCGUCGAGCACGUCUUCGAGCGGAUCGGCGUCGAGAUGGGCGACGGCUCGCGCUGGAUCGCCGUCGAUGCGGACGGGGGCAAGGAGGAGGUCGCGCAAGAGCUCUGGAGGCUUGUACAGCCGCUAGCAAAGGGCACCGACCGACCGCUCGCGCGACUGUGGGCGGACCUGGAUGAGCGGGUGCGGAAUUCUCAUUUGUACAUCUGA